AUGGCGGAUCGUGCGCCGGGCCUACGGCGCCUAUCGCCCUACUGGUACGAGUAUACUACGCGUGCCAAGACGCGGUGGUACGGGCGCCAAAUCCUCGAAGUGUUCACGACCGAGUUUCGCGACCGGACGAAGGAAUACUACACGUGGGCGAUCCACAACGGCCUCUGCACCGUGAAUGGCAUGUGUGUAACACCGUCCUACCGUAUCAGAAAUAGCGACCUGAUCGUGAACAAAGUGCACAGACACGAGCCAGCGGUUACCGAUGUGCCGGUGCGCAUCCUGCACCGCGACGAUACCCAGGGCCGGAUCGUGGUGGUGAAACCAGGCAGCAUCCCCGUGCAUGCGACAGGCCGCUACCACUACCACACGCUUGUGGAGAUGGUCAAGCAGCAGACGGGUCUUCUUCACGUGUAUACGAGCAAUCGUCUAGAUCGCCUUACCUCUGGGAUCAUGGUGUGCAGCACGACUAAAGCCGCGGCGUGUGCGCUCGGCAACGAUUUCAACGCGGGCCUUGUGAACAAGGCGUACGUAUGCCGCGUCCUCGGCCGCUUCCCCGACGAUACAAUCGACUGCCAGGAGCCAAUUUUAGCCGUGGAUCGACAGAGCGGCCUGAAUAUCGUGCACCCACGCGGCAAAGCGUGCCGCACGUUCUUUGCGCGCAUCUCGUACGACCAGACGACCGAUACCAGUGUGCUUUUGUGUCGUCCCGUCACGGGCCGAACGCAUCAGAUCCGUGUGCAUGCCCAGUUUCUCGGCCACCCGAUCACCAACGACCCGCUGUACAACCAUCCGGUGUGGGACUCGGUCGAUCGCGAUAUUCUCGCGUCUGCACAGCCGCGCCAUUAUGAGCGUGUCGGCGGCGAGACAGGCAAUACAGAGAUUGAGCGCGUGCUCACGGCACUCAAAGGAGCGCGCGACGAUGCAGAGGGCUGGGCGCGCUGGCGCGACGAUGUGCUCUACGGAACGCUGAACCGCGAAAUGGGCUACGAGUCUGUUUUUGUGCCGGGCGCAAAUGGCGAGCCUGCGCCGCCGCCGCCCGACGGCGUGGAGCCAGGGAUGGAUGCGGACGUGUGUUCGACGUGCCGCACUCCGUUGCUCACAGAUCCCAAGCCAGAGGAGCUGUAUAUAUAUUUACACGCUGUCAAGUACUGGACAGAUGCGUGGGUGUUUGAAGACGAGCUGCCGCCGUGGGCAGCCGCGGGCGCGGAUCGCCGCCUUCCCGACUUGCCGCUUGUUCGACACACGCUCCAAACCGAGUCCAGAGCGCCAUGUGCGGCGCUCAGUGUACCGCGCAUUUCGCAGUGCGCCGUCGCGCCGAUGCAUACGCCUUCUCCUCUUGCACAGCCCAUGCCAUGCCUCACGCUCGACGUACCGCGCGGCCUUGAAGACGUAGCGCAGCGCGAGAUCCUCCAACGACUCUCCCCUUUUGCGCUCGAGCGUAGCCCGCGGAUUGAGACGGCGCUGCAUUCCGGCACGCUGCUCGUGCGCGAUCCUUUUACGAGUGCGUGUAUCGGCGCAAUGUAUCUCGCUGCACACCUGCCCGUCGUGAUGGGCGCAUUGUAUACCAUAGCGCGCGCAAAACUGCCUCAGGACAUGCUCACGGGUCUCUUUUGCGAGCGCACGGCCUCGCUGGGCAAGGGCGGCGCGGGCCAUGAAAAAGACGCGCCGCUUUCUGCAAGCGAGCAUGCUCUCCUGCAUUUUGUGCAGCAGGUAUGGGACGAUGCCGCAGCGGGACGCCGCGCUGCACUCGAUGCAUGGCAGCAGCGCAAGCGCGGCACAAUGUUCGCCGUUGUAGUCGAUCGCAGCAGCUACGUAUUUCCGACGCUGAGCACUAGCACACUGGAGCAAUAUCUUGCGCAAAUUGUCCAGGUGUGGCUCGCGUCUGAUAGUCGCGCAUGGCACGUUGUGCCGCGCGCAAAGGCGGAUCUGAUCGUGAAGCUCACCUUGGCACCGCGCCUCGGCGCCAAAGCACCGCUGCAUUCAGGGCCGCGUGCGACCCAAGGCAAUGUCAGCGGCACCCUGCUCAUUGGGCUUCACCUUCCCGUAUCUCCAGCCGAUCCAGUGCGCACCAUGUCGACGCCUGCACAGACCAAAGAGGUCAUGGCCCGAGCGCGUGCGGAAGCCGUUGCCGGGCUCUUGCCCUGGCUGCCCCACACCAAAGAGCUGGGAACCCUGCAUAAUGCCGAUCCCUCUUUUGCACAAGCGCUUGCCUCGCAAUGCGACGCGCGCGGCACGGGGUGCACCGUCGUCCAAGGCGACGCUUCUCCUGCACAGCUGCAAGGCGCUGUGGUCCAGCUUACGGAACGCUCCAAAGAUAUUCCCCAUGCGGCGCUCUUCGACGUGGUGUUUCUACAAAUUGAAACGCUUUACAAUGCACUCGCUCCUGGCGCCUACGCCAUCCUCCUUACCGCCGAGCCCAAGAUAAUGCAGCGGGCGCUCCGCGAGCUGGAAAACAAGGCACGGCGCGCGCAAUGGCCCACGACGCUACGUCUCGUGCCUCUGGUGCAGAACAGCGAGGCGGGGGUUUUGCCUACGGAAGACGCAUCGACGUGUGCAGACGCCGACGAAGAAGCACGUAUGCGCGACGGCCUGCGCUCCUUCUUUUUCCACCACCACUUUCUUGCGUGCGUGCGCAGGGCGUGA